AUGACCUGUGACAAGUGCAGGUUCAAGACAGUUGGGAAAUAUCUCUCUAUCUCUACCUCUCCCUGUCUCCACAUCUGCAUUUACAUCAUCUACAUCUACAUAUGCAUCGUCUAUGUCUGCAUCACCUACACCUACAUCAUCUACCUCAUCUACACCUACAUCAUCUACCUCAUCUACAUCAUCUACCUCAUCUACAUCAUCUACAUCAUCUACAUCAUCUACACCUACAUCAUCUACAUCAUCUACAUCAUCUACAUCAUCUUCACCUACAUCAUCUACAUCAUCUUCACCUACAUCACCUACCUCAUCUACACCUACAUCAUCUACCUCAUCUCCAUCAUCUACACCUACAUCAUCUACCUCAUCUACUCAUCUACAUCACCUUCCUCAUCUACAUCAUCUACAUCAUCUACACCUACAUCAUCUACCUCAUCUACAUCAUCUACAUCAUCCACAUCAUCUACACCUACAUCAUCUACAUCAUCUACAUCAUCUACAUCAUCUUCACCUACAUCAUCUACAUCAUCUUCCCCUACAUCCCCUACCUCAUCUACACCUACAUCAUCUACCUCAUCUCCAUCAUCUACACCUACAUCAUCUACCUCAUCUACACCUACAUCAUCUACCUCAUCUACACCUACAUCAUCUACCUCAUCUACACCUACAUCAUCCACCUCAUCUACACCUACAUCAUCUACCUCAUCUACAUCAUCUACACCUACAUCAUCUACCUCAUCUACAUCAUCUACCACAUCUACCUCAUCUACACCUACAUCAUCUACCUCAUCUACAUCAUCUACACCUACAUCAUCUACCUCAUCUACAUCAUCUACCACAUCUACCUCAUCUACCUCAUCUACACCUACAUCAUCUACCUCAUCUACACCUACAUCAUUCACCUCAUCUACACCUACAUCAUCUACCUCAUCUACACCUACAUCAUCCACCUCAUCUACACCUACAUCAUCUACCUCAUCUCCAUCAUCUACACCUACAUCAUCUACCUCAUCUACCUCAUCUGCAUCAUCUACAUCAUCUACCUCAUCUACCUCAUCUACAUCAUCUACAUCAUCUACCUCAUCUACAUCAUCUACAUCAUCUAGACCUACAUCAUCUACCUCAUCUACACCUACAUCAUCUAUACCUACAUCAUCUACCUCAUCUACAUCAUCUACACCUACCUCAUCUACCUCAUCUACACCUACAUCAUCUACCUCAUCUACACCUACAUCAUCUGCCUCAUCUACAUCAUCUCCCCCAUCUACAUCAUCUCCAUCAUCUACAUCAUCUACCCUCAUCUACAUCAUCUACCUCAUCUACAUCAUCUACAUCAUCUACAUCAUCUACAUCAUCUACAUCAUCUACAUCAUCUACCUCAUCUACACCUACAUCAUCUGCCUCAUCUACAUCAUCUGCAUCAUCUACAUCAUCUACUCCCACAUCAUCUGCGUCAUCUACACUUACAUCAUCUGCAUCAUCUACAUCAUCUGCAUCAUCUGCAUCAUCUACCUCAUCUACAUCUACAUCAUUGACAUCAUCUGCAUCAUCUGCAUCAUCGACAUCUACCUCUACCUCUAUGGUUAUACCAAUAUCCAUAUCCAUAGACGCCCUUCAGACAACAGUUUGGGUAUUAAGCCAUGA